AUGCCUCCCAGAACUCCCAGAAAGGGCCUCGCUACCAAAAAGAAGGUGGAGAAAUACAUAUACUUGAAUACAGACAGCGAGGAGAUCAGCCCGCCCACCUCUUCUGUCAAGAGCGGCAAAUCCGCCAAGAAGAGCAGUCCUUUCAAAGGCGAGAGCACCCACGCAAAGCAACCUCACCGGCGAAGCUGGUCUUUGGCCGAGUCUGACGAGGAGAACAUCGAUCCGGCAAACCCCCGCGGGCUCCCAAAACCAUCUAGCGUAGCGAACCGCGGUCCGCCGAGCCACGACCAGCUGCAACAGAACAGUCUUGCCAACGCUCUUUUCCCACCUGACGAACAAAAUUACCUUCCAGCACAAACCGAAGCACCUGCAGCCGACAUCACUACAAGCCCUCCGUUUCCGCCCCACUGCCCUGACAGUGCUGUCGAAGACCUGCGCAGACCGAUUCCUCUAGACAACCCUGACGCUCAGGUCGAACAGCAGGCCGUUAGCCGCGUUCAAACUUCACAGUGCCCAACUCGCGUCGAGCGCUCCAACUCGGACCGUACCAUCACCUCUCACGCCCUCGAAACUUUCCCAUCUGACCCUCCAAUCUACGAACCCCUCACCAACAUGGCCAACAUGAUCCCCGGCGGCGCCUUCGUUCCACCCAACCAGCAGCGUAACCUGCGCGCUUGCAUGGUCUGCUCCGUCGUGCGCACCCAAGCACAGUUCAUAAGUGCCGGCUGCCCCAACUGCGAAGACAUACUUGAACUCAUCGGCAACCCUGAAAACGUCACCGACUGCACAUCAGCCGUCUUCGAAGGCUUGAUCACCGUCGCAGAUACAUCGAAGAGUUGGGUCGCGAGGUAUCAGAGACUGGAAGGAUACGUCCCCGGCGUCUACGCUACACAGGUCGAGGGCAUUCUGCCUGAAGAGAUGGUUUCGGCUAUUGAGGCUGCGGGCAUCAACUACGUGCCCAGGGAUGGCAGCGAGGACCAGAUGAUUCCCAAGGACUAG